AAAAAAAAAGAGCAGCAGCAGUUGCCAUAAUAAAACUUUCUUUCCUCGUUGAAAAUGUUUCCUCAUCUUCGAGUUUAAUAACGAGCGAAAUAAAAGCCCAAUUAUUAAAGUGUUUUCCAUCACUUUUCCGCUCAUGAAAAUUUUAUUCAACUGCCUCUCCAUUCUUUUUGGGUUCUUUCCAUCUCUAUCUUACUCAUUCAUUCAUUUCGGUUCUCAUCUCACUUAUAUCCCUUUUUAUUUUUCAUUAUGAAGCUACUGUGCUGCUGCAGCAUUAAGAAGAAAAUUUUCGCUCGUGAUUGCCUCGUUGGAAAAUAUUAAAACACAUCGUCAGCCAUAAAAUAUUUAACGCUGCUCUCUUUCUGCUUUACAUCUAUAGACAUAUACAAUCUCACACACACACAAAGUGUACAGAACAUAGAACAUCUUUAUUAAGCAUAAAAAGAUUUUUUUUUCGUAUGAAAAAAUCCACCAGAAAAAUCGAUUAUCUCAACGAUAAACGGAAUAUGAAUGGGAAAUGGAUGAAGACAUGAUGAUUCUAUAAUGCCUUACGUUCAUUGGUCUUGAUAUUCUCACUGUGAGAUUCUCUCUCGAAUUUUUAAGCUCCGCCCGAAUUUUUAAGUUGGUAUAUAAGGCGAUGCUCAUGACAUCAUGUAUGUUAUUUCACAUUUCAUCGUCGUUGUUUAACUAAAGAAGAAAAAAAAUUUAAGUGAAGUUAUUUUUCCAUUUUUCUAUCGUGUAAAGAAUAUUUUAAAAAAUAAGGACAUACAAUUCUGGAAUGAAAAUUUUUGUGUAAAACGAAGAAGACAAAAAUAUUAAAAAAAUAAAUUUGUGAAAAAAUUCAAAAAUUGUCAAAUUAGAAAAAAAUCAAAUAAAACAAUCAAAAUGCAAGGAUUUCGUAAUUAUAGUAUUGAAGCAAUGCAACGCGAACAGCUUCAUGUAGUGGAUUUUCCAAAUCAAUAUGGAAAAGCCACACCGCCACAAUCACCAAAUAGCGAUUGCACGAGUCCAACAAUGGAACAUCCAAACAAUAGCAACAAUCAAGCUCCAGUAGAUCCAUCCAUUAGACGAUACAGAACAGCCUUCACGCGUGAUCAAUUGGCACGUUUAGAGAAAGAAUUCUACAAAGAAAAUUAUGUUUCAAGGCCACGUCGAUGUGAGCUUGCAGCACAACUCAACUUGCCUGAAUCAACAAUCAAGGUUUGGUUCCAAAACAGACGUAUGAAGGAUAAGAGACAAAGAAUUGCAAUUGCAUGGCCUUAUGCUGCUAUCUACUCAGAUCCAACAAUGGCCGCAUCAAUUCUUCAGGCAUGCGCAAAUUCAGUCGGUAUGGCACCGUACGGAUAUCCACACGCACCACUCAUUCCACAAAUGCCAGUUAUGCCACCACAAAUGCAAUCAGGACAUUUUCCAUAUGCACCAUACCGUUAUGCACCAUAUCCAAUUCCACCACCACAAAGAACGCCUGGAUCAACACCACCAUCAUCAGCACAAUAUCCAUUAUUAAAUGGCAGUCUCACGGGAUCAAAUCAAAUGAAUUAUGGACCAUUGACAAUCCCAAAACCACAAUGUACACCACCACAUGAUGUUCUUCAGAGUCCAGCAUCUCAACAUUCAGUAUUGUCGCUUUCACCUGGAUCUGAUAAGGAUCAUAAUAUCAGCAAAUAUGACCUCAGCUCAUCAAGUAAUGACAAUAGUCCUGUAAAAUCGCUUUCAUCAACGCCACAAGGCUUACUCAUGACAGCACCACAAUCAUCACCCUCACAAACAAUCUUACCUGUGACGCCAGAGAAGCCGUUGAAACUCUUUAAACCAUAUAAAUCAGAGGUGUAAUAAAGCUAUAAAAAUACCUUUAUAAUUCAACUUUGAAUGUGUUGCUGCCGCCGCUGAUAAAUGUGCUUCUCGGUCUGAUCUUUUCUGCUGCCGAAGCUUGACUGUUUGAUGAUCAUCAUCAUGAUUGUUAGUUGAAGAAUUGAAAGAAAUUAAAGAUAUUGGAUGGCCAUAAAAGAAUUAAUUGAUAAGCUUCUUUUGGAUAGCUUCUAUUGGCAGUUUAAGUGUGAUUGAGAAGAAAAUGCUUGAUUGAUAAUGUUUAUAAAUAAUUUUGAAUGUUUG